AUGAUUGCCAAGGAGUUUGGUCCCCGUGUAAAUGAGGCUACGCUUGUCCGCCGCCGCAGGCGCUUCAUCUGGACACUGGCGGGGAAGGCUGCUGCUGGCCGUUCGGAGAGUUCCUCUGGUCUACUGGGAGGUCGUUCGUCUGGCCAGAAUUCUGCCCAAGUGCGGAUGGCAGAACAUCUCCAGCUUCUGCAGAUUGCGGAUGCUGUUCCUGAGGGGCAGUCGGCCAGGUCUGCUUUCUCGCCUCACGCAGGGGACUUGGACAUGGUUGAUGUUGAUGAGCCCCAAGCUAAGCGUGCUCGUCUGAUAACUCGAGAUGAUACUUCGGAUUCUUUGGUCGUCACUAGGGUGGAGGCAGCCAGCCCAAACCGGUCCCCAGCUGAUAAAUGA